AUGGUCUUAACCCCUGCGCACCAGCCCAUCAAUAGAGCAGCUGACUCAUCACUCAAAACUAUAACCCCUGUAACUGCAGAGCGACAAUCAAUGGACAUCCAAUCUAAGCCCCACAUCCCCACCAACAAUAUCCUCCUCCUUGACUUCAACAACAACAGCGCACCCCAUGAACAUGGACAAAUUAUGGAUUUCACAGCAGAAAUUUCCCAACAACUCCCACCAACUGAUCAAAGCCCACUGAAUAACAACACCACCUCUAAGGGGCUUCCCAAAAAAUGGACCCGAAGGCCUACCAAAUCCACUGGCUCUACUUCUUCUAAGAUCACCCCUGCCCAACCUAAUCAGCAAGAACAUAUAAAACGAACAAGACAGCCUGAAAUUUCUCAAUCCAGUAACAGGCUUCCGCAUUCCUCGCGGCUGAAGCCCAUGGCUCUCAAUCCAGUAACAGGCUUCCGCAUUCCAUGGUAG